UAGUAGUGUAGUACGUCCGCAGCCGUGGUCAGUGUGUGUCGCUUGUAUUCCUCCGCUCUCACACACGUGCUCUACACUCUUGGUAGUCUACGCCUGAAAUUCAACUCCUCGCUAUAAAUACUCCAUAUUACUUCAAUAUCAGAUGCUCGAGAGCUCGGCAGCUGGGUGACUGCGGAUGACCAAGACACCAGAGGUCCUGGCGGUCAUGGAAGCCACAACUAUCAGCCCUCGUGGCUUCGUGGUGUCUCGACUGUCGGCGAUAUUGCUCUUCUCUGUAGCUGUAGUAUCUCUGGUCGCCGUCGCGCUGGUCGCGUACUCUUUUGCACCUUGCCAUGAUCGGAACCCUGCUUCUGAACAGCUGUCGCUGGAUACCUCUCCGACAUAUUCCAAGCUCUACGUGAGGCUGCCUACAUCAGUGGUGCCGGAGUCAUAUAAGGUGCAGUUGAUCCCUUUCAUCUGGGAGAAGAACUUCACAUUCAAUGGAUUUGUUGAAAUCCUAAUUAAUAUCACCCAACCUACAGACAACAUUACCUUGCAUAUGAAUGAUAUAAAGGUGCUGUCUCGGAGAGUGAUGCGACUGGCGGGAGGAGAGACUGUCGCUGACGAUAGAGAAGAGGAGAUACCUAUAGUAAACCACAGUGUAGACAUAGAGAGGCAGUUCUUGAUACUUUACCCUUCAGAAACGCUGGUUCAAGGGCCAUACAAGAUAUACAUUACCUACAUAGGAAACCUGAACAAUGUAUUGCAAGGCUUCUACCGUAGUUCUUACAAAGUAAACAAUGUCACAAGAUGGCUUGCAGCAUCACAAUUCCAGUCGACAGAUGCUCGUCGAGCAUUCCCUUGUUUCGAUGAACCGGCUCUAAAAGCGAGAUUCACUAUCAGCAUCGGAAGGCCAUCAAACAUGCUUGCAAUCUCAAACAUGCCACGGAAGAAAGUUGUAUCCCAGCCUGUAGAUGGCAUCAGUGAUUAUGAGUGGGACCAUUUUGAAGAAUCAGUGCCAAUGUCUACAUAUUUGGUUGCCUUUGUGGUCUCGGACUUCCAGCACUUGUCGGAUGGCACAUUCGCAGUAUGGGCUCGAGACCAAGCUCUCGGUCAAGCACGCUACGCUUUGGAGGUUGGACCUAGGAUUCUCCGACACUUUGAGGAUUUCUUUUCCAUUAAAUUUCCAUUGCCGAAAAUUGACAUGGUUGCCCUGCCUGAUUUCUCUGCUGGGGCAAUGGAGAAUUGGGGACUGAUUACAUACAGAGAGACGGCGAUGCUGUUUGAUGAGGUGGUGUCAACAAGAUGGGACAAGCAACGUAUUGCCACCGUAGUUAGUCAUGAGCUGGCUCAUCAGUGGUUCGGCAACCUCGUCACACCGACAUGGUGGGAGGACUUGUGGCUCAACGAGGGCUUUGCAUCCUACGUAGAAUGUCUCGGAGUCCAUGCGGUUGAGCCUAGUUGGCGUAUACCAGAACAGUUUGUAGUUCAUGAGCUACAGAAUGUGUUUCUGUUGGAUGUUUACCGUUCUUCACAUCCGAUCUCCGUCCAGGUCAAUCAUCCGAACGAAAUUGAUGAGAUAUUUGAUAGCAUCUCCUAUGGGAAAGGAGCAUCAAUAAUUAGAAUGAUGGACCACUUUUUGACUACUCCAGUGUUUCGUCGAGGUCUAACUAGAUACUUGCAAAGGAGGAUGUAUCAGAGUGCUACUAGAGAGGACCUUUGGGGUGCUCUCACUGAACAGGCUCAGAUAGACUCCCUGUGGCACUCGGACAUGUCGGUCAAGACUAUCAUGGACACUUGGACUCUGCAGACGGGCUUCCCUCUAGUCACAGUCACCAGGGACUAUGACAAGAAGAAAGUUCACAUUUCCCAGAGAAGAUUCAUGCUCGGCAACAAUAGCGAUGAUGGAAGCCUUUGGUGGGUCCCUCUAACUUACACACACAUGCCUCAGCCUGAUUUCGUGAACACUCGACCUUCUCACUGGCUAAAGGCCGAACAGAGCAUUGAAAUAAACACGGAGGCCGACACCCACAACUGGAUGGUGUUUAAUAUCCAACGCACAGGUUUCUACAGAGUAAAUUACGACCGUCACAACUGGAAACUGCUCAUCACUCACUUACUUGACAAGAAUCGCUUCGAACAAAUUGGUACUUUGAACCGAGCAAUGCUCAUAGAUGACGCUCUGAACCUUGCACGUGCAGGAUCACUGGACUAUGGGACUGCUCUAGACGUUACCAAGUAUCUUGCUCACGAGCUUGACUACCUUCCUUGGAAAUCUGCUUUUCAGGGUUUCAAAUAUCUGACAAACAUGCUGAUUAAAACUGGUGGAUUUGAUAGAUUCAAGUCUUACAUGUUGGCCCUGAUGAAGAGUCUGUACGAGAAAACAGGUUUUGUUGACCACAGCACAGAUGAUCAACUACAAGUAUACUCAAGAGUUGAGGUACUCAAGUGGGCUUGUCAACUCGGUCACGAACAUUGUAUAAGCAACUCUGUCCGUCAGUUCCAAAACUGGCGCUCGAGCCCUCAGCCAAACAAGGAUAACCCGAUCAGCUCCAAUCUGAAGAGCACCGUGUACUGCACUGCUAUCAGAGAAGGAGGGCAGCCGGAGUGGGACUUUGCUUGGAGUCGAUACUUGCAUACCAACGUUGGCUCUGAGAAGAGUCUCCUAUUGAGCGCUCUAGGAUGUAGUAGAGAAACUUGGAUACUCGCUAGGUAUUUGGACCGAGCAGUGAGUGAGAACUCAGGUAUCCGCAAACAAGAUGCAGCAGCUGUUUUUGCAGCAGUUUCAAGCAACGUGAUUGGUCAACCCCUUGCCUUCACCUUCCUGAGGGAUCAGUGGAAACGAAUAAAAGAAUAUUUUGGAGGCCAUUUAUUCAUCAUUAACAACAUCAUCCAGUUUUCUACAGCAAGAAUGACCACCAAGUUUGAACUAGACACGCUUAAAGAAUUUGCUCGAGCCCAUCAGUCAGAAUUCGGAGGAGCCAGCAAGGUGGUGCUACAACAAAUAGAGAAGACGGAGGGAAACGUUGCAUGGAUGGAGCGCAACUAUCAACCAAUCAUGGAAUGGAUGAGUCAAGGCAGUUAACACUUCUCAUAGAACACUCGCUAAAAACACUGCAAGAGGAACAUUAUACUAGUGUGGCAUUAGUGAACAAAUAAUUGGUUCUUGAAAUGUUAAUGGUGGAAAUCAUCUUUUGUUGUUUGCCUGUGAUACCAUUCCAGUGUAACACCUUUCCCAGAACUUGCUUCAGAUUUAAGAAACCAGGGGCCCAUUCAAAAUAAAGUACAAACUAAUAUUAUUAGUAAAUCAGCUGAUCGCCCAAUGUAAAUCUAAUGGAAAUUACAAGUUACAAGUUGUAACUUGUAACUUGUAGUUAAUUAUUAAAUGGGCCCCAGGUGUUGACAAAUGUUGCUAAAAAAAAACAACUUGACAUAUAUUGUUUGUAGUAUAAUACAGCAAUGACAACUGACAAAAGAAUUAUUAGAUGUGUUUAUCUAUUUAGUUUAGUCAGUAAAGAUUUGUUUCUUACACUUUUGUAACCUAAGCAAAAACACUAAUAGUGCAACAGAAUUUAUUCAAGUAUAUUUUAACAAAACGCAAGUUACAACAUUGUAUCAAGGAGUACAUAUGCAGAAAGUUAAUUAGUUAAUCUCGAUUUCUUUUCUUUUAAUCAUUCUGUCCUAAGGAUUUAAGUUAAAAACUAAACCCAAUAGAUAACAUUUCUUAGAACAUCUCUUUUUUAAUGGUUUAACACAUUUGCUGUUGUUGCACAAUGUGCAGAUGAGUAGCACAAACCAACCUUAUGAGAUGGGACAUCAUAUAAAUUCCCAAAGAAGAGCUACAGUAUGGCAAUACCUGUGAAUAAGAAUAAGAAUAAGAAUAAGAAAUAUUUAUUUCCAUUGAUCUUUAUAAAAGAAAUAGGACACGUCAUUGUUAUACAUAGUUACAAGGUGAUUCAGUGUUUACAGUACAAAAUAUCUAAAUUUAAAUAGCCACUUACAUGAAAAUAAAAGCUUUAUUUCAACUUACCGUACUCUUUAAAAUCUAAUAUUUAUUUCACAACUUAAAAAAUCAUCAAUUUUGUAAAAGGGAUUUUUAACAAUCCAGUCAUACAGUUUAUUUUUUUAAAUACUGUAAGAAACUAAUGUGUGAACAUGUUUGUAGACGUAAUCUUACUUGAGCUUAGUUUGCUGUCCUACAUUCAACAAACACAGAGAAAAAAUUGGGAGAAAAGGGAUCUUGCUACCUUCCAUUUGACUAUUUGCACCUUCAAAACUUAAGCAAACUACGCACACAACCAUAGAGUGAUGCUUUAUAGAAUCAAAUUUCUUCUUUAAUUGACUUAUACAACUUAUACACAUAGAGAACGUAAGUCUAGAUGUUCUCCACCGCUACUCUCCCGCUACAGUGACUAUAUUAAAUUGUUUGACCUUAAAGCAAAUUGUUGAUCGAUAUUAAAGUAUAAUCCACUUGCUAGGGGGGUUCCCGUGUGCAUUUUAUGUAUAGAAAAACACCCUAAGGGAUCAUGUA